CAAUAGUGUACACUUUUAGAAAGAGGAUAUCCCAGACGUCUCAUGAAGAGGUCAACUGUCCAUGUGACGUCUGGUGGAAAACGGAUGAUUUGUGGUUGUGUCUUUCGGGAUUUUCUCUUUGUUGUUGUAUUUAUUUCACUUCACGCGCCAUUAGACAACCAUUUUCACAUACUCUAUAAUUGUGUUAGAAGUGUUUAAGUUGUGUCAUACCUGACCAUACACUCACAUGGUCCCUCACAUGGAAUCUCAGGUCAUGUAUGAACAACGUGAUCAGAUUCAGAGACCGGGACAGAUAAAUAGAUCUGCUGCACAGUUGAGGAAUCGUUUCAUCGCACCAUGGAGGCCGAGGCUGGAGUCGCGGUGCUGGUUGUGUUUGUAGCGUUUUACGUCUCGUGCUCUGUGUAUCUGCUGCGUAACCCAGCUGUUCUCCACAAGAAGAAACGUUUAGCCUUUUACAGCAGACACAUCUCUCACAGAGGGGGUGCUGGUGAAAGGAUAGAAAACACUAUGGAGGCUUUUACACAUGCGGUGGACGUGGGAACCCAGAUGCUGGAACUGGACUGUCAUUUAACUCGAGAUGGUUAUGUUGUGGUGAGUCAUGACAAAAACCUCGAAAGACAGACCGGAUCUGAUCUGGACGUCUCUCAGGUUCAAUUUCAGGACCUGCCUCUCUAUAGGGAGAAGCUUGAGGUCACCUUCAGUGUCGGGCAAAACAGUACAGGACGAGACCGGAGAAUCGCGCUGCUGGAAGACGUCUUCAAAAAAUUCCCCCAAACGCCAAUCAACAUCGAGGUUAAACAAAACAACGACCCGCUGAUUCGAAAGGUGUCCUUCCUGGUGAAAAAGUACAACAGGGACAGCAUCACUGUCUGGGCUACGGAAGACUCUCACAUCAUGGCAAAAUGCAGGAAACAGAAUCCCUUCAUGCCGUACAGCUUCACCAUUAGACGAGGAAUCCUUCUUCUAGCACUUUACUACACUGGCCUUCUACCCUUCUGCCCUCUGGGAGAAAGUCUACUCCAGUUCUACCUGCCCAGAGUAAUCAACAGGAGUUACAUUCCUGAGGAGUCUUUUCUUAAGAGAAGAUUUGUGGUCUCUCUUAUUGAAAACCUGACUAUGAGAAAGUCUUUGUUUGAGCACUUGGUGAAGCGAGGCAUGCAGGUGCAGUUGUUCGUGUGCAACAACGAGGAGGACAUUGCUGCGGCUUUCGCGGUCGGUGCUACGGGAGUGAUGUCUGAUUAUCCCACCGUCCUGUCAGAGUACCUACGAAAACAUCCUGCCGUUUAAAGAUUGUGACAAAGAUCCGCCAAAGAAAGAAAAGUGACACGUGU